AUGAGCGGAAUCAACACCUCAUUAUUUAUUAAGUGUGUUGUGUUAGUAACGCUCUUAGUAGUUUUUUCAACUAAGUGUGUACAAGCCUUUACCUGUAAUUCGUUGGAUUCAACCGAUCUAUUGGUUUGCUCAGGUAACGGAACUUGUAUAGCUGAUGAGACUUGUAGUUGCCUUACAGGAUAUUCAGGCAACAAUUGUGAAUAUAUAGAAUGCUUGGAAUAUCCACAAAUCAAUCCGUUAAUAUUGUCAGGACAUGGUUGCCAAUCACCAGAUAAUUGUUUGUGUGAUAGUGGUUAUUAUGGUCCUUUAUGUUCUGUUUUUGAAUGUAAUGAACUUCUAAGUAAUGACUCUAGAGUUUGCUCUGGUAAUGGCGCUUGUGUAGAUUUAAAUAAUUGUCAAUGUAGUUCCAAUUAUUUUGGAGAUGAUUGCCAAGUUACUCAAUGCUUUGGUGUAUUGUCAAACUCCUCACUGGUAUGUAGUAGCCAAGGAAAUUGCACAGCCUUAGACAAAUGCUUGUGCACUGAUGGAUACUCUGGUAACAAUUGUGAUGAAGAGAUUUUCACCGUUCAUUGGUGUUAUGGUAUAGGAUCAAACGAUUCAACUGUUUGCUCUGGUAAUGGCGCUUGUGUAGAUUUAAAUAAUUGCCAAUGUAGUUCCAAUUAUUUUGGAAAUGAUUGCCAAGUUACCCAAUGCUUUGGUGUAUUGUCAAACUCCUCACUGGUAUGUAAUGGCCAAGGAAAUUGCACAGCCUUAGAUAAAUGCUCGUGCACUGAUGGAUACUCUGGUAACAAUUGUGAUGAAGAGAUUUUCACCGUUCAUUGGUGUUAUGGUAUAGGAUCAAACGAUUCAACUGUUUGCUCUGGUAAUGGCGCUUGUGUAGAUUUAAAUAAUUGUCAAUGUAGUUCCAAUUAUUUUGGAAAUGAUUGCCAAGUUACUCAAUGCUUUGGUGUAUUGUCAAACUCCUCACUGGUAUGUAAUGGCCAAGGAAAUUGCACAGCCUUAGACAAAUGCUUGUGCACUGAUGGAUACUCUGGUAACAAUUGUGAUGAAGAGAUUUUCACCGUUCAUUGGUGUUAUGGUAUAGGAUCAAACGAUUCAACUGUUUGCUCUGGUAACGGUGACUGUAUUGGUUCUGAUAACUGUAAUUGUCUGUAUGGAUAUUAUGGUGAUAAGUGCCAACAUUGGAAUUGUUCUGGUGUGCAUUUCUCUAAUGCUUCUGUUUGUACCUCACUAGGUAACUGUACUGCUCCUGACUCUUGCUCUUGUGUAGAUAAUUAUUUUGGCUCUAAUUGUGAAUUGACACAAUGUUUCAGUGAUGAUUCUAAUUCUCCUUUAGUUUGUUCUGGACACGGUACUUGUAUUUCAUACAACAAUUGUACUUGCCAAACUGGUUUCAUUGGUGAGGCUUGUGCUGUAGAUAUAUUUGCUGGCUACAAACUUAUCAGUUCCAAACCUAUUAUGAUUGCCAGAAACUCUAAAAAGGAAUUACAGGCAAGUUUCGCCUUACCUGACAUUCAGGUUUCUCAUGCCUACUCACCAACAACUCCAGUCAUGUACGAACCAAGUGGAAAUGAUGUUGUCAUUUCAAAACCUCAAAAUGAUCCGAUGACAGAGUUGAUUAUUCAAGAAAUGGAAAAGAAAUCCAUGGAAUUAUUGUACAUGGAUUGUACACAUACCAUUAAUAGUCAAGAUGAAUUACAGAAUAUUACUGUUAUCAAGCAUGGUGGUGUGUAUUGUUUCCCUAAUGGUAUCACAAUUAAGGAUCAUAUUUUUAUUAUCCAUGGUCUUGAGCCUGUUGUUUUUAAGGCUCCAUACGUCAAUUAUUAUAAUGCCGUUUUUUACUAUCUGUUAUGUGCCUCCUAUAGAAAUGUCUUUUGGUUGACUUGGGACUAUGGUAGAAAUGGUAAUUUUUUCUCUGGAAAUGUUCACGGUACAGUGGUAGGAAUGGCUCCAUACCAUCAAAUUGAAAUUUAUGAUACUAUUCAGGGCGCUUUAUGGUUUAUGGGUGGUACACAGAUGCUAUUAUUCGAUGUAACAUUCACUCCUCCAAUCACAUUCAACGGAUACGAACCAUACAUUAAUGAGCAAUGUUUACUUACAUUCUGUUUCAAUUCCAAAUCAAUUGUUGAAGAUGGAUGCUCAAAUAAUGGUUACUGUAUAGGUAACAAUACUUGCUUGUGUUUACCAGAUCAAUACGGCCAAGAUUGUUCUAUUGCCAUGUGUAACGGUACUCUAGGUACUGAAUCAUCAGUUUGUAGCAAUGGUCAUGGCGCUUGUAUUGCAAAGGAUACAUGUAGCUGUUAUCCUAAUUAUAAUGGAACUUGGUGUGAAUGGACAACUUGCGCCGAUAUUGAAUACAACUCUCCAGAUGUCUGUAGUGGACGUGGUUCUUGUGAUUUUUAUAAUAACUGCACAUGUAAUAGUACAUUUGGAUAUGGAGGCUUUAACUGUGAAAUUCCAAUCUGUAAUGGACUUACUGGCGUAUGUACUAAGGAUAGACGUGGUAUUUGUUACCGUCCAGAUCUUUGUAAUUGUACCGAAAACUAUUAUGCAAGUAUUGCUAUUCCUUCUCAGGUUAUUACUCCUCCAACCUUCCUAUUCCCUGAUCCAGUCUAUCCUUAUGUUGGAAAUGGAAGUUAUGGAAUUACAUACACAUAUGAUGAAUUUGGCAAAAAUCUAGUUGAUGAGGUUGGAAAAAGAGUUGAUGAAUUGAAUACACUCCCAUGUGAUUUCAUCAUUAAUAAUCCAGAUUCUUUAGGAAAACUCAUCAUUGUUGAAUUUGGGGGUGUCUAUUGUUUGAGGGACAGUUGGCUAAUUGAAGGUCACAAGUUUGUAAUUGUCGGAACUGAACCUGUAGUGUUCAGAGCACCAUAUAUCCAUUAUUAUGGUGCAGAAUUCAAAUAUGAAAAAUGUGCCUCAUAUAGAAAUGUAUUCUGGUCUACUUAUUACUUUGGCAAUACCGUUUCUGAUUGGAUCUUAAGUACAACACUUCACGGAAAUGUCUUUGUCAAUCAUGUUCAUGGAACUGUUAUUGCAAAGUAUGGUCAAGAAUUUUGGGUUGCAGGUAAGAUACACGGUGCAGUUUGGGUUCAUUCUGAGGAAUUGGGUCAAGUUACUCUCCAAGAAGCUUCAUUUGAUGCUCCAAUCACUUGUGAUCCAAAGGAGCCUUAUGUAAAUUCUGAAUGCUUGGAUAUUUUCUCAUGCUAUUUAAUUGAUCAUCACUCUAAUCUCACAUGUGCAGGAAAAGGUCAAUGUAUUGACUACAACAAAUGUAUUUGUAAGGAAGAUUCCUAUGGCGAUGACUGCUCUGUCUCCAUUUGUUAUGGUGUUUAUGGUAAUGAAACAUAUGUAUGCAGUGGACAUGGUAACUGUGCUGGAAGAGACAAGUGUGUAUGUGAUUUUGGUUAUUAUGGACAAAUGUGUCAAUUCACAACUUGUAAUGGUAUUAACAAUACUUCACCUCUUGCUUGUAACAAACGUGGUGUUUGUGAAUUCUACAAUAACUGUACUUGUAAUUUAACUCUUGGAUAUGGUGGUCCAGAUUGUGAAAUUCCAAUAUGUAAUGGAUUAGUUGGUUUAUGUUCUGGUGCAGGAAGAGGAGAUUGUAUUUCACCAAACAAUUGUUCUUGUGCUGAUGGUUAUUAUGGUAAAUGGUGUGAAAUAACAACAUGUUAUGGUGUUGAAUCCACCAACUCUUCCGUUUGUGGAGAGAAGGGUAAUUGUACUGCUUUUGACAAGUGUUCAUGUUUAGAAGGUUAUUAUGGACAUACUUGCCAAGAUUUUGAAUGUUUUGGUAUCUCUAGAUUAUCAAACGAAACUUGUUCAGGCAAGGGUUCAUGUGUUAAUUAUGAUACAUGUGUAUGUCAACCUGAAUUCUAUGGAAUCAAUUGUGAAGUUACAUCAUGUAAUGAUAUUUAUAGUAAUGAAACCAAAUCUUGCAGUGGUCAUGGUAAAUGUGUCGGCCUAGAUACUUGCAACUGUACUCAAAACUAUUAUGGACCUUGGUGUGAACUUACAACUUGCUUUGGUAUUGAAGCAACAAACCAUUCUACGGUGUGUUCAGGAAGAGGAUCUUGUUCCAGAUUUGAUGUUUGUUCUUGUCUUGAUGGUUAUUAUGGACCACGUUGUGAAUUUACAUCCUGUGAUUCUAUUUCUUCCAAUUCUACAGAGGUCUGUAAUGGUGUAGGUACUUGCAUUGAUCUUGAUAUUUGUGUUUGUCCAAACACUUACUCUGGUGAUUUCUGUGAAAUCACCAGUUGCUUUGGGGUACCAACUAAUAUUCCUAGUGUUUGUUCUGGUCGUGGUUUCUGUACACAUUUGGACAUUUGUAAUUGUGAUGAAACCUUGGGAUAUGAAGGCUCAAACUGUGAAAUUCCAAUUUGUAACGGCAUUCCAGCUGUAAAUUCUACAGUUUGUAGUUCUCAUGGUUCUUGUACUGGAGCUGAUCAUUGUAGUUGUGAUACAGGAUAUUUUGGAUCAAAUUGUGAAAAUACAACUUGUGGCGGAGUUUCCUCUACUAGUCACCAAGUUUGCUCCCGUCACGGGUUCUGUGCAACUUACAAUAAUUGUACUUGUAAUUUGGGUUAUUCUGGAAGUAUUUGUUCUGUCUUUUCAUGUCGUGGAACAAUGAAUACCGAAAAAGCUGUUUGUUCGGGAAGAGGUAAUUGUUCAGAUAUCGAUACGUGUGUUUGUCUUUCAGAUGCGUAUGGUGAUGAUUGUUCCAUAUCUAAAUGUAAUGGCACAUUUAGUAAUUUUACCAAUAUUGUUUGUAGUUCAAGGGGACACUGUAUUGGAACAGAUUCUUGUAAUUGUACAGAAGGAUAUUAUGGUAAAUUCUGUGAGAGAACAUCAUGUUAUGGAGUCGAUAUGGCUAAUAAGAGUGUUUGUUCUGGAAGAGGUCUUUGUUCUGAUUACAAUCAAUGUAAUUGUUCAGAAGGAUACUAUGGAGAUAAUUGUCAAUAUCAUACAUGUUUUGGUUUGAAUAACACAGAAUCUAAAGUUUGCUCUGGACAUGGUCUUUGCUCACGUACAGAUGAAUGUAAAUGUGCUUCAAAUUACUUUGGAUUGAACUGUUCUGUUACUAUUUGUAAUGCUGUUUUAAGUAAUGAAACAAUGGUUUGUUCUGGAAGAGGUGAAUGUUUAUCACCAAACCAAUGUUCAUGUAGAGAGGGUUAUUAUGGUGAUUAUUGUCAAGUGACAAAUUGUUAUUCAAUUGCCUCAAAUCAAUCACAAUUAGUUUGUUCAGGUAGAGGACAAUGUUCUGAUAUGAAUACUUGUAUUUGUGAUCCAGACGCUUAUGGUCCUGAUUGUUCAUUGUACAAAUGUAAUGGAGCGUUGAGCAACGAAUCAAUUGUUUGUUCUGGUCGUGGUCAAUGCAUUGAAACAGAUCACUGCAAUUGUACUGAAAAUAAUUAUGGUCAAUUCUGUCAAGUUACUUCGUGUUUUGGAAUUCCGUCCAAUCAAACAGAUUUGACAUGUUCAGGAAAGGGUGUUUGUGCUCAAUUUAAUUCCUGUCAAUGUUUUGAAAAUUCAUUUGGUUCUGAUUGUUCUGAAUUCAAAUGUUUUGAAAUUUUAAACGUCAAUUUGACAGCUUGUCAUUCACGUGGUUCAUGCAUGUCAACCAAUAAUUGUUCAUGUUUCCUUAAUUAUUUGGGAGACGAAUGCGAAUUAACUAGUUGUAAUUCAAUUCUUUCCAACGAUACCAAUGUAUGCUCUGGAAAGGGACAAUGUGCAGAUUUUGAUUCUUGUGCAUGCGAUGAAGGAUAUUAUGGUGAUAAUUGUGAAUACUUUAAUUGUAAUGGAAUUGAACAUUUGAAUUCAUCUGUUUGUUCCUCAAGAGGUCAUUGUACAAGCUAUGAAAAAUGUGAAUGUGAUGAAGGUUACUUUGGAAAUAAUUGUCAAUUCUUCACCUGCAAUAGUGUCAAUCACACUGAAUCAACAGUUUGCUCUUCAAGAGGUGAAUGUUCAAGCUACAACAAUUGCACUUGUAGAGACAACUACUUUGGUAACGAUUGUGAAUUGACCACAUGUGGUUCAAUUCAAUCUAAUGAUUCUAAGGUUUGUUCUUCAAAGGGUUCCUGUAUGGAUUACAAUAUUUGUAAUUGUUCUGCUGGUUACUACGGAAGUGAAUGCGAAAAUUUCAAUUGUUUCGGUGUUUCAAAAUUCUCCAAUUCAACAUGCUCUGGUCGUGGUGAUUGUAUUGAUGGAAAUACAUGUGUUUGUAUGGCCAAUAUGUUUGGUCCAAUGUGCGAAGUUACCAUUUGUGAUGGUAUUUUGAGUAAUGAUUCCAGCGUUUGUAGUGGUCAUGGUUCUUGUGUUGAUGUAAAUGAUUGUGAUUGUGAUACAAACUACUACGGUUCAACAUGUGAAGUUACAACAUGUAAUGGAGUGUCCUCUAACACAUCAUCAGUUUGUUCUGGUUUUGGUAAAUGUGCUUCAUUUGACAGAUGCCAAUGCGAAGAACAUUAUAAUGGAAAUGAUUGUCAAUACUUUACUUGUAAUGGUGUUAACCACACGGAAACAACAGUUUGUUCAUCAAGAGGUGAAUGUUCCUCUUUCAACAAUUGUUCAUGCAGAGAUAACUACUUUGGUGAUACAUGUGAAUUGACCACAUGUGGUUCUAUUCAAUCUAAUAAUUCUAAGGUUUGUACAUCGAGAGGUAAUUGUUCAGAUUUCAAUACUUGCAAUUGCUCAUCGAUUAACUAUUUUGGCACUGAGUGUGAAUUGGUACAAUGUUUUGGUGUUCUUAACACAAACUCAAGCGUUUGUUAUAGCAAGGGUAUUUGUGUAGAUUAUGAUGUUUGUGAUUGCGAAAAUGGGUACUUUGGAGGUGAAUGCCAAUUCUUCACUUGUGGUGGCAUUAACAGUACCAAUUCAUCCGUUUGUUCAUCAAGAGGUGAAUGUUCCUCCUUCAACAAUUGUUCAUGCAGAGACAACUACUUUGGUGAUACAUGUGAAUUGACAACAUGUGGUACUGUCAACUCAAAUAACCCUUAUGUAUGUUCUGGAAAAGGAAAGUGUAUUGAUUACAACACUUGCGUUUGUAAAUAUGGCUACUUUGGUGAUAUUUGCGAACAUUAUAGCUGCUUCAAUAUUACUGAGGGAGAACCUCUUGUAUGUUCAGGUAGAGGUAAUUGUACAAACUUUGGUGAUUGUAAAUGUAGAGAAAAUUAUAUGGACCUUGCAUGUGAUGUAACCUCUUGCCAUGGAGUUCUUUCCAACGAUACCAAUGUAUGCUCUGGAAAGGGACAAUGUGCAGAUUUUGAUUCUUGUGCAUGCGAUGAAGGAUAUUAUGGUGAUAAUUGUGAAUACUUUAAUUGUAAUGGAAUUGAACAUUUGAAUUCAUCUGUUUGUUCAACGCACGGUAAAUGUACAAGCUAUGAAAAAUGUGAAUGUGAUGAAGGUUACUUUGGAAAUGAUUGUCAAUUCUUCACCUGCAAUAGUGUCAAUCACACUGAAUCAACAGUUUGCUCUUCAAGAGGUGAAUGUUCAAGCUAUAACAAUUGUUCAUGCAGAGAUAACUAUUUUGGAUCUACUUGUGAAUUGACCACAUGUGGUUCUGUUCAAUCUAAUAAUUCUAAAGUUUGUACAUCGAGAGGUAAUUGUUCAGAUUUCAAUAUAUGCGAAUGUAAGAGUGAUUUUUAUGGACCUGUCUGUGAGUUCUAUGAUUGUAAUGGAAUUGAACAUUUGAAUUCAUCUGUUUGUUCAACGUAUGGUAAAUGUACAAUUCCUGAAGUAUGUAUAUGCAAAGAAGGUUACUUUGGAAAUGAUUGUCAAUACUUUACUUGUAAUGGUGUUAACCACACGGAAACAACAGUUUGUUCAUCAAGAGGUGAAUGUUCCUCUUUCAACAAUUGUUCAUGCAGAGAUAACUACUUUGGUGAUACAUGUGAAUUGACCACAUGUGGUUCUGUUCAAUCCAAUGAUUCCACUGUUUGUACAUCGAGAGGUAAUUGCUCAGAUUUCAAUAUAUGCGAAUGUAAGAGUGAUUUUUAUGGACCUGUCUGUGAGUUCUAUGAUUGUAAUGGAAUUGAACAUUUGAAUUCAUCUGUUUGUUCAACGCAUGGUAAAUGUACAAGCUAUGAAAAAUGUGAAUGUGAUGAAGGUUACUUUGGAAAUGAUUGUCAAUUCUUCACCUGCAAUUAUGUCAAUCACACUGAAUCAAACUCCUGCUCCGCAAGAGGUGAAUGCUCCAGUUAUAAUAAUUGUACCUGCUUCACCAAUUAUUGGGGUGUUGACUGUCAAUUAACUAGUUGCGGUAAUGUACAAUCCAACGAAACAACAGUUUGCUCGUCAAGAGGACAAUGUAUUGAUUUUAAUAACUGCUCUUGUGAUGAAGGUUAUUAUGGCCCUACAUGUGAAUUCUACACUUGUAACAACGUGGAACACCUUAACAACUCUGUUUGUUCUGGAAGAGGUAAAUGUUCUGAGUAUUCUAACUGCACAUGUGAUACUGGAUACUAUGGAGUUAACUGUGAAUUCUAUACUUGUUUAGAAGGUAACAACACUGACCCAUCUGUUUGCUCAGGAAGAGGAGUGUGUGCAAGCUAUAAUAAUUGUUCAUGUAGACCACACUACUUUGGUAAUGAUUGUGCCUUGACUACAUGUGGAAAUGUCAGAUCAAACAAUAAUAGUGUAUGCUCCAGAAGAGGUCAAUGUAUAGAUUAUAAUAAUUGUUCUUGUGUUGAUACUUAUUACGGCUCAACAUGUCAAGAAUAUGAUUGUUUCGGUGUUUCAAGAAACGUAAAAUCUGUUUGCUCAGGAAAAGGAAAGUGUGUAGAUAUUGACACUUGUAAUUGUAAGACUGGUUAUAAUGGUACUAAUUGUGAAAUUAUGAUAAUGUAUGGUACUUGUAAAAAGGAAAUCAAUUGUACUAAUCAUGGUGAAUGUUUAAUCAGUGGUGCAUGUGAAUGUUACACAGAUUACUCCCAAGGAUUUUGGACAGGAUUUACAUGUAACAAGUGUGACCAAGAUUAUUAUGGUGAGUUGUGUGCUACAAAGGUUGUAGGACCUGCUGUUUUCUCCUCAGAUUUUAGAGGACUCAUCUUUAAUCUCUAUGUUCCUGACUCAUACACAAAGAUUGAUAUACCUUGCAGUUAUCUAUUGAGUGAGACUGAUAUUAAUAGAAACUUGUUUGGUACACUAUCAAACCUUAAAUGUCAAUUUAUUGAUAGAACCAACAAUUUGUUCAUUAUUAGCUUUGGUUCUAUGGAUUAUACCUUGCAACCAGAAAUUGAUACAAUCAAUAUCAACACUCUUGUUAUUGAUAGAAUCAAUCACGUUACUCAACAAAAUUAUUAUGUUCAAAUAGAUGUUGCCAUGCCUUCCAAUAUUUGGCCAACUGCUGUUAUUUCUACUUUGGAUGAAUUUUACAGUUCAUGUGAUGAUAUUACUAUUGAUGGAUCUAUGAGUCACUCAGAGGAUGGAAAAUCACUGCAUUAUUAUUGGAAUUUACUUGAUUCUACAACCUAUCAAGUUUUUUAUUCCAAUUUUGCAAACAGCCCUUUCAUCAAAUUGCAAAAUUCUAGUCUUUUACCUGGUUCAUACCUAGUUUCUCUCCAAGUUGAGAGUACAUUUGCUAGAAAGAAUAGUUCUAUUGUUUAUUCUAAUGUAUUUACUAAGGCAUCAAAGCCAAUUCCAUCAAUUUAUGUUCCAAUCACUCACCAAGAAAAGGAUGCCUCUCAAUUCCCUGUCUAUUUUAAGAAGACUGUAUCAGAAUCAUCUUGUAAAUCACAAAAAUCUGCUGUUAAAUGGGAACAACUUACAGGACCGAUAAUAGAUUAUCAAGUCGAUACCUUUGGAAAUCUUUACAUUCCUUCUAUUUCCACCUUUGGCUAUCAAACAUAUACUUUCUUAGUUACAGCCUUCUAUCCAUCCUAUCCUCAAUUGAACACAACAAGUAUCGUAACAUUAAUAACAAAACCAAUAGAUAUGGUUUUAUCUAUUAUUCAAAGAGAAGCUAGAAAGAAUUAUACUAUAAUUGAUGUUGAAUACUCUGACCCUGAAUCAACAUACCACACAGGUAUUACUGAACAAUGGACUUGGACUUGUUUGGAAAAUAGUAACCAAACAUUAUUGGAAUUCCUUUUCAAUAUUUCUAAAGAUAGAUCUACUGAGUUUACAAUUGAAUCCAAGAUAUUUAAUGAAACUGUUCCAUCCUAUAUUACUCUUACUUUGACAAUUGAAAAGUCUGAUGGAAGAUCUAUUUCUGCAACAACAGUAGUUUACUUUGUAAACGUACCUCCUAUUGUUAAUAUUGUGGAUGUUGAACCAAAGACAUAUGUUAUCCAAGGUCAAACAGUUACUAUUCAAACAUAUACCUCCAGUGAUCCUUCACUUACAAGAACCAACUUGACAAUCAAUUCAAAGAACAAAGGUAUUGUCGAUUCAUCAACAAUCAACAUUGAUACAAGCGAAUUUGAAGAAGGAACAAAUAAUACUGUUGUUAUCACUGCUUAUGAUCCAAACACUGGAGCCUCAACAUCUACUACAUAUACUUUCGAAGUUGCAACCUCUCCAAAACCAUGUUUGUGUACAAUCAAUCCUCCUGAAGGUAUUGCCCAACAAACAGAUUUCCAAUUCUACUGUACAAAUUGUAAAGAUGAUGCAAAUCAUAUCGACUAUGUAUACGGAUUUAUUGAUGAUAGAUCAGGUGCCAAGCUUCCAUUAUAUAGUCUUGGCGAGGUUUAUUCUUCAAAACUUCCAGCUCCAUUUACUGGAAGUAUUUUAACAUGUUACUUUGAAGUAAUUAAUACUCUUACAGGUGCUUCAACAACUACUUACACUAACAUUACCAUUGAUAAACCAUUUGUUCAACAAGUUGAAGAAGUCCAAACAACAAUCAUCGCUUGGGCAGAUGCAGGUCAAAGCUAUAUUUUGGAGGGAGAAUACAGUAAGAGUAUCUACCAAUCUUCUUCAUCUUCCAGAACAGGCUCAGUAAUGUUGGAAGAAACAAUUUCUGAUACUAUUCAACAUUCUAGUUCCUCUAGUUCUUUGGAAUGUAUAAAUGGUGUUGAUAUUGCUGGUUCUUGCAAGUGUAAGGAUGAAUGGAUAGGCCAAUAUUGUGAUAUUGAAGUCAAAGAUUUUAAUAAUAUCCAAUUAUCAAAGAUUCACGCACUCGAUGAUAUGAACAAUAUUGCCAAUGCAACAGGAACUGUAAGCGUUGAAUACUUAUCUUUGCUUUCCUUUGCUGUUGAUUCAAUGUUAUUGAAUUAUCCUUAUCUUACUAGUGUGACUGUAGAUAGAUCUUUAUAUACUUUGAACACUUUCCUUACAUUCUCACUUUCUGAUCCUAGCUUGAAGCUUACCUCAGGAAUGAAUAUCAUGUUAGAUGGUUGCAUUCGUUCUGCAUAUUACUAUGUAGUUGACAAACAAUACCUUAUUGAUCAAAAAGUCAACUCUAGAAGACUAUUGUUGACAUUGAAGAUGACCUCUUACUUGAUGGCCAGAGGAAUGUCUGCUGGUAGACUUAAGAAGGGAUAUCAGGGUCCAUUCUUCCAUGUCGUAAUUGGUAAAAGUACAUUGAACGAUUAUCCAACAUAUGUCCAAGAACCAAUUACACAAACCAGUAUUGAUGUCUUGUCAGGUUUCUUUGAAUUUGAAGUGUCAAAACUUUCAUACCUUGUUAAGAAACCAUUUAUUUAUGUUUUGUGCGUUUCUGAAGAUAUUUACUCACUUAACUCGCAAUUGAAACAGUCUAAAAAGAUUACAUCAGCCAGUAGUUUCUCCAACGCAAAUACUUUGGCUAACUUGAUUUCACCAAUUGUUUCUGUUGAAUUUAUUGAUGUUGCCACUCCAAUUAACGAGAAUGACAUUAUCUAUACAAUUCCACUUAACUUUAGUAAGGUCGAAACAGAAAUUAUUCAUGAUGUCCUUGACUUUACAACUGUUUCCGAAACCUAUACUUGUGGUGAUUUUGAGGAUGGAUCUUCUUUGAUCAGAACUGAGUGUUCUCUUGUAGCUCCAAUUUCUAGAAAUGAUACCUUUGCCAAAUGUCGUUGCAAGCAAUUCACCAACGUAUUUGUGCUGCAAACAAGCACUGUUAUCUAUUAUUCAUACACCUAUGUUGCUGCUUUAGGAGCUGCUGCUGUUAUUAUUUGUGGUUUCUCUCUAACUUGUCUUAUUUCUUGCAUUAUCUUGUGUAGAAAUAGAAGAAGAUUUGCAGGAUUCUGUUGUUGUUGUUGCUGUGUUCAUAAAGAAGAAGUUGUUGUUGGAGGAUCAACUGAAUCUGAUAUCUCAUAUGAUGAGGAAGAAGAAAUGAAGAUUCAACAAAUAGCUAUUAAGACUCAAGCUGCAGAAGAAUAUAACGAGGAAACUGAAGUUGAAAUGGAAGUUAUGAACAAGCAAGGUCUUAAGGUUGAAGAACCAUUUGUUGCUUAUAGACCUCUUAAGAAGACCGGUAGAUCUAUGAGAAAGGUUCAAAUUGUUCCAGGAGAUGCCAAACUUGUACAACAAACCACUGGUGGAAAGAAUAAGGUUCUUCCACUUCUUGGAGGUACACUUGUUGACUUGAAUGAAAAUCAAUACGAAGAAACAGAAGAAAAGGAAGAAAAGGAAGUGAAUGUGAAGAAUUCAAAUGGUUCUAUCUGGGAUUUGAAGGAUGAUGAAGAAACAUUUGAAGAAAAGAAGAAUAAGAUGACAAUGCAAUCAAUCAAUCCUUACGCCAAACAAAAUUAUACUGAAGAAACUGAAGUCCAGCCAAACGUAGUACAAUCAUUCACACCAAGGCUAUCAAAGAAAUCAAAUAUUAUUCAAGGAGAAAGAGAUGUUUCAAUGCAACAUAGUGUCACUGAAGAUGAAGACGAAUCUUUGGUUGAAGAAACUGACGAUUUGAGAAGAAGUAGCAACUCUGUAAAACUUGUCAAAGAAGGUCUUGUUAACGAGUUUGCAUAUGCCAACGGACGUGUUAAGGAUGAACAUGAAGAGGAAAGUAGUGUAGAAUUGGUAGAUGAAAAAGAUUUUGUACAACGGGGCACAAAACCAAAACCUGCCAAAUUAUCAUCAUUAAAUCCAUUCUCGAUGGGAUCUACUGAAGAUGAAUGUGAAGAGAUGGAAGAAAGUAGCAUAUUUAGAAAGACUGAACAAAACGAAGAAAAGACUAUGGAUGACUUGUUAUUCAACAAGCCUAUUAAGGUUUCUUCUCAAAUACUCAAGGACAAGAAUACUGAAGAAAAGGAAGUGGUUAACCAUAGAGCCCCAGAAUUUGCUCCAACACAAGUAAAGAUUCCAAGAACUUCCACUGAAACUAAAUCUCAAACCAUGAGAGGAGAUGUAUUUAGUGAAACCAAUCAAACUGAAGAAAAGGAAGUUGUUAAUCAUAGUAGAGCCCCAGAAUUUGCUCAAACAAAGAGUCCAAGAGUUUUACAAAGUAAUAAGGCUCAAACCAUUAGGGGUGAUUUAUUUGGAGAGAAGAGUGUUACUACUGUCGAUGAGAAUGCCAAUUUGAUUACCGGUAGUGAUGUAUCUAGUAAGCCAAUCGGUAAAGUUCCAGAAAAGAAGCAUAUUUCAAGUGCAAAUACGGAAACCUUGAAGGGAGAACUUUAUGCAAACUCUAAGGAAGAAAAGGAAGUGGUUAAUCAUAGUAGAGCCCUAGAAGUUGCUCAACCAAAGAGUCCAAGAGUUUUACCAAGUAACAAAUCUCAAACCAUGAGAGGAGAUGUAUUUAGUGAAACCAAGCAAACUGAAGAAAAGGAAGUUGUUAAUCAUAGUAAGACGCCUGAAUUUGUUCAGCCAAGAGUUUUACAAAGUAAUAAGGCUCAAACCUUGAGAGGUGAAUUAUUCUCAGAAAAGGAAAAGAAGCAAGUUGUGGAAACAACACCUGAAGAAGUUAAACCUUCCAAACCAAGAUCCUAUGUUGCUCCUAAAUCUCAAACAGUUCAAGGCCAAGUUUAUAUUGAUGAAGAAGAGGAAGAGGAAAAAUCAUUGCAAAACGUUGUUUUGAACAAUAAGAGUGCUCCAAGAGUUACAUCAAACCAAAGCUCAUCAAGACCUCAAUCUCACGGUAGUCCAAGACUCCCAACAAGAAGAACUAGAGUUCAGUCAGCAUCCAAGGAAACUAGAGAUGUGGAAUUGAAUUCAACAACCAGUAGCAGACCAUCAAGUGUUAACUCUCAAACUGUUAGAGGACAAGUUUAUACUGAGGAAGAAAAGAUAGUAAAGGCCUCUCCACUAAAUGUCGUACAAGAGGAAGAAAAUAAGAAGAUGUUACAAUCUUUGUAUGGUGACAUGUUUGCUGCUAAUAAGUUCGAAGAAAGUGUUGUAAAUAAGAAAUUCACUUCUGAGGAAACAAGACCACAAGUGUCUAACAAAUCUGCUGCUUCUGAAGAGGUUGAUGAAGAUGUUUAUAUUGUUGCAGAAUCAGAACAAGCCAAGAAAUACGCUCCUCCAGUUCAAGAAGAUAUCAUGCAAAACAAACCAAUUAAGGUUUCUUCCAAAUAUAUUGGAGAUUCUAGUGAAAAUUCAGUUGUCAACAGAAGCAAGCCUCCAUUGUCAUUUGAUGAAGAACCAACCCAACCAGCAGUUAGGAGCUCGCCAUUAUCUCACAGAGAAUCAAUAAUGGCUACAGCAACAGAAAGCAAGGACGAAGGAGAGGAUGUAUUCGUAGUUGUAGAAUCUGAAGAAAAGAAGAUGAAACCAGUCAGCAAACCAAAAGAAAGCAAGCAAAAGAUACCAACAAGUAACUUAUCUGGAAUGCAAGCACAAUCGAUGCAACAAAAUGUGACCAAUUCUGUUGAAGAAGAUGAAGGAGAAGAUGUUUUUGUUGUUGUGGAAUCUGAAGAAAAAUCAAAGAAGAGAUCAAACAAGAAGUCAAAGAACGGAAAAUCAUCCACAAAAUCUUCUCAAGAAAAAUCAGUUGUUAACAGAAGUAAGCCUCCAGUAUCUCUUGAUGAAGAACAAGUCCACCAAUCUAACUCUACUUCUGGUAGUAGAAAACUUCAAAAAUCCUCAAAUCAACAAUCCAGCGAAUUGAAUAUGGCAGCUCAAAAGACCUCAACUCAACAAUCUGGUGCUUCUGAAGAGGUUGAUGAAGGAGAAGAUGUUUAUAUUGUUGUUGAAUCUCAAGAAGCAUCAUCAAAGAGAAAGCCUGAAAAGUCUAAAUCUAGCAAAUCAAGUAAGACUUUACCAAACUCUUCUUCCAACAAUGAAAGUUCCUUUGAAGAGAAUACUGUUGUGAACAGAAGUAAACCACCAAUGUCUUUCGAAGAGGAAAAGAACGAAGAUAUGAUGUUGCAAACCUUGAGUAGUGGUAUGUUUGAACGAAACGUGGGUAGUGUUGUUAACAAGAAGGAAGAAGUUGAUGAAGGUGAGGAUGUUUAUGUUGUUGUAGAGUCAGAAGCAAAGGAGAAGAGAAAGAAAUCUUCAGCAUGGCAAGCAUUGAAAGAUAUGAAGAAGAAUAAGAUGUCAAUGAGAGAUGCUGCCAAUGCAUUGAUAACAAAGGAAGGUAGAUCAUCUGAUUACACCCAAGAAGAUCAAUUAAGUACCUAUCAAUCUACCAACUCUAUGAUCAGCAGUAGAUCAGCUGCUUCUAUAAAUAUGACAUCUAAUAUGGUAGCUCAAAAGACCUCAACUCAACAAUCUGGUGCUUCUGAAGAGGUUGAUGAAGGAGAAGAUGUUUAUAUUGUUGUUGAAUCCCAAGAAGCAUCAUCAAAGAGAAAGCCUGAAAAAUCUAAAUCCACUAGAUUUUCUUCACAAGAAAAGACUGUUGUAAAUAGUAGCAAAUCUAUCGAAGCAAGUGAAUCAGGUAAAAUGGUUAGUCAAUCCUCAAGUCAACAAGUUGUGUCCAGUAGUAAUGGUCAACAAGUAGCACAAGAAGAUGAUGAAGCAGAAGAUGUUUAUGUUGUAGUUGAAGAAACUGGAGUUGAAAAGAAGAGAAUGCCAUUUGGAUGGCAAGCAUUGAAGGGAAUGAAAAGCAAGACUUCCAUGAGAGAAGCAGUGAAAGGGGCCUUUGGAUCAAAGCAAAGCUCUUCCACUAUCACCACAACAGAAAAUUCAAACUCAUCAGCAGUAUCCGGACAAACAGUGAUAACAAGUUCUCAACAAGCCAUCAGUAGUUCAAAUAUUGUCACAAAGCAAACCAGUAGCUCUACUGUUACUAACCAUUCUUCUAGCUCUAGUAGCACAGUUGUAACCGGUUCCACUCAGCAUGUUGUUUCCUCAAACAUUAGCACACAACAAGUUGCACAAGAUGAUGAUGAAGCAGAAGAUGUUUAUGUUGUAGUUGAAGAAGUACAAAAUACUAGAGCUGCUAUACCUCGUUUGGAUACAAAGAAAUCAUUCUUUACUAGAAAUAAGAAGACAGAUCCUGAACAAAAUAAUGAGACUGAAGGAAAUGAUUUACAAUCGGUAGGUGAACUUCAAAGCAUUAAGUCUUCAUUCUUUGGUAAACCAUCCUUCCUCAAAAGAAAGUAA